ACAUCGGGAUACAUUCUGGACGGCCGGUUGGGCAACCGGACAACAAACCGUCCGAAGAUGUCGGGUGCUGAAAGACGACCGCCAAGUGUGUCGUUUGAAACAGCGCUUCGCAUCCUUCGCGGCACAUUCCACUUCGAAGACGUCCUCCAGUCGUCCUUCAAGGAACUACCCUGCUACGACGACCGCCACUUUUACUUCGAGGGCCGGUUGAUUCCAACGGCGCAGCGCCGCGACACGGAUGACGGAACUGCCGGGAAAUUCGAACGGUUUGUAUUGCGCACCAGCAACCUAAUGUUCCCCGCUGGACUGGUAGAGGGGUUGAACGCUGUAAUGCUCCACCUAUCGUCUCGUGGAAUCAACUGCAGUCGACCGAUCGCCAGUCGAGUAGGUCGCUACAUGGAGAUGAUUCCUGGUAAGGAAAUCUCUCAGACCGGCCACUACCCACAGGAGUAUCCAGUCAGAGUGCUUCGGUUUGUAUCUGGUACACUCAUGAGCGAGUUAGAUGCUGAGUGUUUAACACCUACAUUUCUCUACAGUGUGGGCCGCUUUGCUGGCAAAGUAGAUGCAACACUACAGGAUUUCAGUCAUCCAGCAAUAGAGGAUUUCGUGAACGAGUGCUGGGACCUACAGCACUUCUCCUGCCUCAAAAAGUACAUCUCGUCUCUGUCGGAGAAGAAGAAAAUAGCAAUGGCCAACUCUGUCAUGAAACUGUACGAGGAGAAAAUAGAGCCCAUGCUCCCUAGCAUGAAGAAAGGUGUGAUUCAUGGUGAUCUGAAUGGAAAGAACAUCAUAGUGCAGCAAUCAGAAAAUUCUACCGCAAUAGUAGGACUCAUUGAUUUCGGAGAUUGUGUGCAUUCCUACUAUCUCUUCGAGCUGGCCAUACUGGUAGCCCAUACAAUGAUGAGCCUCAGCCACAACAACCGAAUGGAGUUGGUUGCCCCUGUAAUCAAAGGCUAUAUUGACGAGUUUCCUCUCACACAAGAAGAGUUGCAGUGUCUCUACUAUGCCGUGCUGGCCAUUCUGUGUACGACAGGCGUGAAGGGGGAACAUGUGUAUGCGACUGAACCAGAGAAUAUGCACAUGCAGCACUACAUUCCUCAUGCCUGGAAGUUGCUAUCUCAACUGCUGCAUAUGUCUAAAGACAGUGUAGAGGCAUUGUGGAAUAUUACCACUGUUGAACCUUGUUUCGUG